UUGCAUUAUAUUCUGAAUUCCACUAUAUAUGCAAAGUAAGAAGAAAAUAGAUACAAAAUAUGUUCAAGUUGUAUUUUGUCAAUAUUAUUUUUUAAAAAAAAUCUUUUUUCUAAAAAGAGUUUAUGUAGUGAAAUGACCAUGUAUGACACGAGACCUACCCUAGUUGUAGAAGACAAUGUAACCCGUAAUUUAGAAUCCCAGCUCACUAUGUGGAAUGAUGAACAACAAUAGAAAACAAUAUCCUCAACGUAACAUAAUUAACAUCCACCAAUAUCACUCAAAUUUUGUUAACUUCAAUCCCCAAACUUCAUUCCUUUGCUCCCCACAAAUGGACAAAUGAUGAACACAACAACAUUCCCACCACCACCUUUCUCCACCCCUUUCUCACUAACCUCCCAUACUAUCUCUCGCCUCCGAAUACCCCCACCUUCCUCUACCACCACCGCUACCGCAGCCAAGUUCACUACCUUCAUCCGCGCUGAGCGCACCACAACCACCUCGAUCACCAGUAACCCAACUCACUCACAACGUUCAGAAGACCACACUCUUCUCUCCCUCCUUCGCAGCCGAAAAACCGACGAAGCUUAUCUUCUUUACUCUCAAUCACCUCAUCUUCCAAACCCUACUUGCCUUAGCCGCUUAGUCUCUCAGCUUUCCUACCAGAAUACCCCUGAAUCUUUCUCACGCGCGCAAUCCAUUAUCUCUCGUCUCCGCCAUGAACGACAGCUUCAUCGCCUUGAUUCCAACUCUCUUGGGUUACUUGCUGUCUGUGCUGUCAAAUCUGGGCAUACCCUUUACGCCAUUUCCAUUAUUAAGUCUAUGCUUAGGUCGAAUUACCUCCCCCAUGUUAAGGCUUGGAGUGCUGUUGUUAGCCGUCUUUCUGGGUCCCCUGAUAAUGGUCCUAAUGAUGCUAUUCGGCUGUAUUAUUCGGUUACUAAGCGCAUUCGUCGGGUUGAGGAUCGAACCCUUGUGGCUCAUUCUUGGCCCGACACGGCCGCUUUCAAUGCCGUGCUUAAUGCCUGUGCUAAUCUUGGGGAUGUGAAAAAAUUCUGCCAACUGUUUGAUGAAAUGCCUGAAUGGGAUGUUGUGCCUGAUGCUCUGACAUAUAAUGUGGUGAUUAAAUUAUGUGCAAGAAUAGAUAGAAAAGACUUGCUUGUUUGUGUAUUAAUAAUGAUGAUUAGUAAAGGUGUUGAGCCUUGUAUCACUACUUUGCAUUCUCUUGUUGCUGCUUAUGUAGGAUUUGGUGAUUUAGGAACUGCUGAGCGGUUGGUUCAGGCGUUGCGCGAAGGGAGGAGGGAUCUUUGUAGGAUUCUUAAGGACAUAAAUUUAGCUAAAAUUGAUGGUGUGGAUGAUGAGAUAGAAAUCAAGCACGAAAAUGAUGAUAUUGUAAUCAAGCAUGAAAAUGAUGGGUUUGAAAAGCUAAUUCCCAAGUCGAUCAUUGAUGAUUCAGAACCUCCAUUACUGCCAAGAGUUUAUUCGCCGGAUUCAAGGAUAUACACAACAUUGAUGAAGGGUUAUAUGAAGGCAGGGAGAUUGUCUGACACGGUGCGAAUGCUUGAGGCAAUGAGGCGUCAGGAGGAUAGUGCUAGCCACCCUGAUCAUGUUUCAUAUACUACAGUUAUAUCUGCACUUGUAAAAGCAGGGUCAAUGGACAAGGCUAGGCAAGUCCUGUAUGAGAUGACAAGGAUUGGCGUACCUGCUAAUUUGGUCACCUACAAUAUUCUACUGAAGGGUUAUUGCCAACAGCUGCAGGUUGAUAGAGCAAAGGAACUGAUUAAGGAGAUGACUGAUGUUGUCGGGAUAUUGCCCGAUGUAGUUUCAUACAAUACAUUGAUUGAUGGGUGCAUAUUGGUGGAUGAUAGUGCGGGAGCUCUUGCAUACUUUAAUGAGAUGAGGGCUCGAGGAAUUGCUCCUACAAAGAUUAGUUACACUACUUUGAUGAAGGCUUUUGCCUUAUCUGGGCAACCGAAAUUAGCAAAUAAGGUGUUUGAGGAAAUGUUGAAGGAUCCUAGAGUAAAAGUUGAUCAAGUGGCAUGGAAUAUGUUGGUUGAAGGGUAUUGUAGGAUGGGUUUAAUUGAGGAAGGCAAGAGUGUGGUUGAAAGAAUGAGGGAGCAUGGGUUUCAUCCAAAUGUGGCCACCUAUGGCAGCCUUGCUAACGGCAUAGCAUUGGCUAGGAAGCCUGGUGAAGCAUUACUUCUUUGGAAUGAAGUAAAGGAGAGAUGUGCUCCAAAAAGAGACGAUGAUGCAAACAAUUCUUCAUUGCCACCACCAAUAAAACCUGAUGAAGGGCUACUAGAUACUUUGGCCGACAUAUGUGUAAGAGCAGCCUUCUUUAGGAAAGCUUUGGAGAUUGUUGCUUGCAUGGAAGAGAAUGGAAUCUCUCCAAAUAAGACCAAAUUUACGAGGAUUUAUGUUGAAAUGCACUCAAGGAUGUUUACCAGUAAGCAUGCAUCCAAAGCCAGGCAAGAUAGAAGACGAGAGAAAAAGAGAGCUGCAGAAGCUUUCAAGUUUUGGUUAGGAUUGCCAAAUGAAUAUUAUGCUACUGAAUGGAGUCUAAAUCCACCCGGCAGACAAGAUCAGUAUGAAUCCGAUUCUAUAUGAACUGGAUGCAGGGGAUGGCAUUGCUGAACACCGCUGACAAAGUUGCUGUAUUAAAAACACUAAACAUCUUUAAAAAUGGAACCUCAAGGCCAGGUCUGGUUUUUGCUGAAGACAGCUGGCAAAGUUAUUAUAUAAAGCUGUAUUUAAAAUUCGAAAACAUCCGACAUAAUGAACCUUAAGGCCUGGUUUUGCAGAAGACAUCUACCUGACAAAGUUAAUAUCUGAAGCUGUGAAGUUAAAACUUAGGUAUCAUCAGCUAGUAAAUUUGUGUAAUAGGUUUUCAUCGUGUAUCAUAUGUACAGCUUCUAGAACUUAAGACACUUCUACGAAUCAAUGUAAUUUGAUACAAUUGAUUUGUACUUUUUGUACAAACUCCGUGCUAGAAUGAAAUUACAAGUGAUAUGCAUAUCCCUUGUAUUUAUAUAAGCGAUAUGCUUAUGCUUCAUAUUCAUACAAGUGAUAUGCUUAUGCUUAUGCGGUUAUGCCUCAUAUUGCUGUAGCUUCUUUCCAACCUUACACUCAUAUAAUAGAAGCAAGUGUAA